CCCCUGGUGCAGGUCAACGGGAAGCCGAGCUGUUGCUUCUUCAAGUUCAGCCCUAAAUUGAUGUUCACCAAGGUGCUGAAGGCCCAGCUGUGGGUGUACCUGCGGCCGCUGCAGCAGACCUCCACUGUCUACCUGCAGAUCCUGCGGUUGAAGCCCGUCACGGAGCAAGGCAGCCGUCACAUCCGCAUCCGCUCUCUGAAGAUCGAGCUAAACUCCCGGGUGGGCCACUGGCAGAGUAUUGACUUUAAGCAUGUGUUGCAGAACUGGUUCAAACAGCCUCACACCAACUGGGGAAUCGACAUCAACGCCUUCGACGAGAGCGGCAAUGACCUGGCUGUUACCUCGCUGCGACCUGGGGAGGAGGGGCUGCCGUUCUUGGAAGUGAAGGUUCUUGAGACGACCAAACGUUCUCGGAGAAACCUCGGCCUGGACUGUGACGAGCACUCCACCGAGUCCCGCUGUUGUCGCUACCCCUUGACUGUGGACUUUGAAGCUUUCGGCUGGGACUGGAUCAUUGCACCCAAACGCUACAAAGCCAACUACUGCUCGGGCCAGUGCGAGUACAUGUUCAUGCAGAAAUAUCCACACACCCACCUGGUGCAGCAUGCAAACCCUCGAGGCUCCGCAGGACCGUGCUGUACCCCGACCAAGAUGUCCCCGAUUAACAUGCUUUACUUCAAUGACAAGCAGCAGAUAAUUCACGGCAAAAUCCCAGGGAUGGUGGUGGAUAGAUGUGGCUGCUCUUAGGUCCUGGGGAGACACACACCACCAUCGCAUCAAAACCACCGAAAACCCUUAAGGAGCCCACCCCUGGCACCAGAACCCACUCCUCUGCACCAGAUUUCACUUUUGCUCAGCCACAAAAUCAUCCCACUGAGUUUCCAUUUUCCAGUAAUUGAAUUGAUUCUAACUGUAAAAAAAAGAAGCUAUAAAUGAAACAGGAAUCAAAAGCAGACUGAGUGAUGGAAAAUCAGUACUUUGAAUGAUAAAAAGAGGAUGUCCUUGUGGAGCAGCUUCAGAAAACAGUAAAUGAGCUAAAACUGUUAUCGAGUGCGUUUUAGUUUCGUGGAUUUUAAAGAUAUUGUUUUCUUUUUAAUGGCAUCUUUGUGAAAUGUCCAGGUCUGUGGAAUAAGAUGACAGGAGACAGAAGCAUUUACAAUAUUUUCGAAACUAUUUCAGUCCUAAGUUGAGUUUGAAAUGCUGAAUUUCUUGGAGACACUGACUUAAGGAUGAGAUCUGAUCCAGAAAAUGUUUCUAAAGGGGGCAUUUGAAGAAUUAUUUUUGCAAUCCAUCACUUUAAAAAAGGAACAAAGUCCAUGCUAAUGUGAGGAGGGUUAUAUAUACCCUAAGUAUAAUUCCAAAAUGUUGUUUACAGAUGUUUAGAGAUGUGCUUUAGUGAUGUAAGGAGAUGAAAGAUCCAAAACCAAACCUAAACCCUCUAUUAAUGUAUAACACCCCAGUGUGAUAUUCUCGAGUAUCCACGAAACCUUUCACUGUUACUUUGAUCUUUUUUAUGUGUAGUCUCAUAGAACUCAAAAAGGAAAAAGGAGAAAAGAAGUAAUACUAUUUUAAUUAUUUAUCUGAAAGAGGACAGAUUAAGCUAUUUCUGCCAUUCCAUAACGAGAUGAUACAGAUUUAGGUUUAAUUUUGCACACCUCAGUCUACAACAGUACUGUAAUGGAGAUGCACUCCUGGGAAAGGAGGAGGAGCAGACAUGACAAAAACCUGACAAAGGUCCUUUCUUCUCUAUAUCAAAGGAAAAUACGCUCUACCACCUUCAGGUUUUGCAUUCAAUGUAACAGAGUUCAUAAAGCACUGUCCUUGGACUGAGCAUGGUAUUACAAACAGAGAGCAAAAUUCAUACCCUCAAAUAAAACUAUGUAGAGGAGUGAUUGUAGAGGUGCAACGGAUCACAAAUCCCACCGUUCAGAUUAGGUCACAAAUUUGUGUCACAGAUCUUCUUUUCUUCUGACACAUUAAAUAAAAAUGCAAUUUCCCUGCAUCUUAAUGCAUUACAUCCUCAAUUUUCUACACUAUAUACAAAUUGCUAUGAUCCCAAUAAUAAUAUAACAAGCAGGCAGAUAAACCAGAACUCCCUUUUUAUUUAGAAAGUGCUUUUAAAAAAUGAGUCUAUAAUACAAGGCUUCAUCGUUUAAAUACCAAUAGUUGUUUCAACCUAACUAAGGACAUCUGUAUUACAAACUUAAAAAACAGAAAUCCUUUUGUAUUAACAAGUUUGCUAUUAUCUUCAGAAACACAUGUUUUCAUAUAUGAGCUUUGACAAUGUUGAUAAGUAACAUUUACACACAAUUCAUUUAGCGGAUGUGUGUGUAUCAGUGCACUGGCUGCUUCUGCAGCACACAUGCUAUGUGAGUGAGAAGAAACAACGGAUGGAGAGCAUGCAUUAAGGGACUCUAUCUUCAGUUUUUGGACUGAAUGUGGCGCUGUCUAACAGAGUUUGUUCAGCUAACUUACAGCCACACAUUACAGUAGGCUGCAGGACAACAUUACUAAUGUUAAGUUACUGCUUGUUGUCACGCACAGCCAUCCUCUGAUGCUUGGCUGAAUAAAUGAAGACACUGUGAGAGUAAACUGAGAAAAGUCCAAGCACUGUUUGAUACAAAGUUACUGUGCAGACUUAAUUAUCAACCCUUAAUGACCCUUCUCUGUGUGAAAGCUUGUGCAAAGCUCUUGUAAAAAUAUAAAAAAGAACACUGAAUUGUCUUCAUAUUUGCCAAUAUUGGCCUACACGCUGCUUACUUUUCACUGCACAGGGAUUUAGUGGCUGUAAAUGUGUUUUAUAUCAGGAUGAUAAAUAUACUAUCGAUCCAUGGACCACAUGCGAUCCGAACAGUAGGGGGUGAUCCGAAUGGAUCACUGAUAAUCUGUGAUCUGUUGCACCACCAGAUAUAAGUAUGCUAAAGGUUUCUCUCUUCUGUAACCUAGUUAAUGGUUGAGCUGAAAACACGUUAACAGUAAACUGCUGCACACUCAUCUUUACAGCAGCAUUCACAUCUGACUAAAAAAUACACAUAAAUUAAGAAAGAGCAGUAGCUUCUGCACUCAUGUUACCACAGUUCACCUUUUCAAUAUAGUAGUUUCAGUCAGGAAAAUAACAAUGCAAAAUCCUUUAGCAGUUCUUCACCUGGAAAUAAAACACCUUAAAAACAAGAGAAUGUUACUCAACCACUGACUUUAGAUUAGAAACCCUAUUUAAUUGCAUUUUCUAAAUGACCCCAUGCACCUCCACCUCAACUGUAACAAUGAUAUCAUGGUGAAAGUAUUGUUAGUGCUUAAAUAUUGAGUAUAUUAGCGUGCUUGAAGUCUGUCUUUGUCUCCUGGAUGUCAAAACAAAGAUAUCCAUUUGUUGUAAACGAAAGCACUAUGCUGUUGGAUAAAGGGAGAGCCUUCUGACAUUAUAUAUAAAUGAUUUAUGUAUAUAAUAAAAAAGGGGAACAAAAACCUUUUUUGGGGCACUCUACCUUACCAACAAUAAAUUUUGCACUAUGGGACGUUCAUGGCGUGAGGAGGUUAAGUGUUGUUUGUGUUUUACUAAGCACAACAGAGCUUGUACAGUGUAGGGGAAAAACUAUUCAAGCUUCUGGUGAUAAACCAUAAACUAGAAAGGAUAUCACUUCUUUUUUGAUAUCAUCAUGCUUUCCUGACUUUUGUCUGAAGCGGGGGCCUGUCCAUACACCCACACACUGCUCUCCAAUCUGGAUUAUAGACUUACUGUACCAGCGGCCUGAAAGGCCUCCUUGCCCACUUUGGGUGAUAAGUAAUGUGUAUUAUAGGUGUCUGGGUCAAUGAACAUAGAAUGCUUUAACUGGAAAUGGCCCAUCCACCAACUUUAACCUUUUACCAUUUUAGAGAGACUACGUCCUUCUGACCUAUAACAAUGUGUUGACUGUCUUUAAUGGACACGUUUUUGCCUUGUGUUUGUAUUUUGAGUGAAAGUACCCAUGUAAGAAUGGGUGGAGUAGCCAGGGAUUGUUCGCCAAAGUAGAGGAUGGCAUGCCAUGUGCUGUAACUAUUGUGAUUGCAGGAAAAUGCUAGAACAUUUCAAAGGGAGGAAAAAGCUGAUUUAGGGGCAGUGGUUGGAAAUAAUUCAACUGGUAAUUUUUUUUAUUUAUUAAUAUUAAUUUCAAUGCAUUUCAAAGUCUGUCUACCUCACUGAAGCCUCCUAAAAACCUUGCUUUUGUUAAAUUUGUCAUCCACUAAUCUGUGCAAAAAUUUAACCCAUAAAACUGCUUUCCCCACCAAAACCACCCCCAAAAAGUGUAGAUGUAAACCACAGGGUCCCUUUGCUCUCAGGUUCAGAUUGAGUUAUUGAAAGAGUGGCAGAUGGUAGCGGCUCUGGUAAUGUGUGGUCAAAAAAAAAUAUUUCGCUGUGCCCACAUUUAUGGCUUGUCAAGAAGUUGCAUUUUGAAUUUUUAGUGUUUGUAUACUGGUAUGUGUGAGAGUGUUUUCAUAUAUAUAUAUGAGAGUGAGAAAUCUCUAUGUAAAUAUCUACCCAAAUGUUGAUGUUUAUGAUGUUUUGGACAGGUUCACCGCUUCUAAUGUUUUACUCACUUCCCCCCUUCAUUCCUCUUUUCUUUGUGUAGUUUAAUAAAAUCACCUCAACUUUGUAGUUUAAUGGUUGUGCAUAUGAAUAACUGUUCAAUUGUUAUUUUUUGUCUUUGUUGUUUAUUUACUGUCAUUUUUCUUUUGUACAAUAAAUCAUUUAUUUAGCUUA